AUACUUUAAACUAAAAGAAUUCAAACCAAAGUUUAGCCAUUGGCAUUUAGCUAAGCAAGGUAAAAUCUACAGUUUCUUUAUAUCGAGGAAUAAUUCACUUGCUGUUGCAUAAUUAAUGCCCUACUUUGUAUCGGGACAUAAAGUAAGGUGCAGCGCUGCUUACCUGCAAGGUGAGGGGCUGGGAAAGACUUGGUACUAGAAAAGCUGAUUUACCUGUAGCCCAGGUUCUGGCAGUUCGCACCCGCUCAGCCUCGCAUUCUCAUCUGCACCGACUUGAAAGUCCAGUUUCACAAGGAAGAAACGUGGAGGAAACAAAAUAUGUCACAAGAGACUGACAAUAAGCGUCUGGUGGUGGUGGUUCCCAAUGAAAACUCUUACCACCAAAGGAGGGCCUACACCAGCGAAGAUGAGGCAUGGCGCUCCUACCUGGAGAAUCCCCUGACGGCCGCCACGAAAGCCAUGAUGAGCAUAAACGGAGAUGAAGACAGUGCCGCUGCUCUCGGACUGCUCUACGAAUACUACAAGGUUCCUAAAGAAAAGAGAUUGUUGCCUGUUGCAAAAGUAGUGGACAUUUCAGAAGAGCAAGAAAAGAGGUGUGUCUCCGGGGCAAACAGCCAGAAUGAUGGUGAAACCGUUGACAACCGUGUCCAGGUUCUCAAGUCUGUCCCAGUCAACCUGUCAAUCAACACAGACCACCUCGAGUCCAAGCGAGAGCCGUACGUCUCUGGGUCUGGGUCUGGUGAUGGCGGCGCCACUGUGGCCGUGGUGAAAGCGGAAGUGUACACGCCAGUCUUCAUGGGACCUGGCGGGGUUCACUACAGAGUAGAGGGGGAGGAGCCAGGGCGAGUCAUCUAUGAACAGAACCAUUAUGAUGAGACAGUUGGAAAUCAUCCUGGAUAUGUCAAGGAUGACCAACGAAGCACCCCUGACAGCCCCUAUGAGGAAGAGAGCGAUGGGAAAUACCAUACACCUUCCUCUAUGGCACCUGCCGAAUUCAUUUUUGAUCAGCAAGCCGUUGACACUUUCCAGUACACACUUGAUGCUUCACGGUCCCUGCGCCAAAAGCAGGGAGAGGGGCCAAUGACGUACCUGAACAAAGGCCAGUUCUACGCUGUCACCCUGAGCGAACUUGGGGUCAAUAAACGUUUAAGACACCCCAUCAGCAAAGUCAGGAGUGUGAUCAUGGUUGUUUUCAGUGAGGACAAGAAUAGAGAUGAACAGCUGAAGUAUUGGAAGUACUGGCAUUCCCGCCAACACACUGCCAAACAGAGGGUGCUGGAUAUAGCGGAUUACAAGGAGAGUUUCAACACCGUUGGGAACAUUGAGGAGAUUGCCUACAACGCUGUUUCCUUCACUUGGGAUGUCAACGAAGAAGCUAAGAUCUUCAUUACGGUAAACUGUCUGAGCACAGACUUUUCGUCUCAGAAGGGGGUAAAGGGUCUGCCUCUGAUGAUCCAGAUUGACACGUACAGCUACAACAACCACAACAACAAGCCCCUCCACAGAGCCUACUCCCAGAUCAAGGUCUUCUGUGACAAGGGUGCUGAGAGAAAGAUAAGGGACGAGGAGAGGAAACAGAACCGAAAGAAGACAAAAGGGAAGGAUGGAGGUGUGGGUGUCAUAAUGCUACCUAAGAAGGCCGACACAACUUUCUUCAAGACCCUGACCAACCUGGAGGCCCAGCCUGUCCUCUUCAUCCCGGAUGUUCACUUUGGUAAUCUACAGAGGGCUGGACAGGUAUUUACCUUCAACACAGAGGAGAUUGAGAGGGAAGGGAGUGUCCUGGUGAAGAGGAUGUUUAGGCCGUCCAAUGACGACCUCAGCCCCUCCCCCCACAAACUGAUCAAAGAAGAGACACAAAAGAGAGUGCUGCUGUACGUGAGGAAGGAGUCAGACGAAGUGUUUGACGCUCUCAUGCUCAAGUCUCCCACACUGCGAGGCCUAAUGGAUGCUAUAUCAGAGAAAUAUGGACUACCCUCAGAGAGGAUAGCUAAGGUGUACAAGAAGAGCAAAAAAGGGAUUCUGGUAAACAUGGACGACAACAUCAUUGAGCACUACUCCAAUGAAGACACGUUCAUCUUGAACAUCGAGAGCUACGCAGACUCGUAUAAGGUGACCCUCACUGAGAUCUGAAGAACAAAGGGAUCUGACUGUUGAUUGGUUGAGACUAGACUGUAGAGGCCCAGACUAGGUGGAGCCAAACAGCUGAUUGGUUGAGAUUUGUGACCCUGUGGGACCUGAUAGUUGAUUAGCUGAGUUGUUCGGGACAGUUAAUUGGAUGUGACUUACUUCUGAUCCAAAGCCCCUGUGACGGGCUAGUGUGACUGGAGACCACUCAAAAUGGGGAUACAAAUUGUAUCCUAGCCCCCUCACAAGUGUUGGGACCAGCCUCUAUCCAGUUCAACUAAAAUCCACAGACAGAUAAGGAGGAAGAAGGACUCAAAAGAUUUCACACAAUUUUCAAGAGCAACUAAACACCAAAACCACUUUUAAAACCUAUGUUCACUGCUCAAACAUGACUAAACACAUCCAUCCUGGUUUUGAUUCUGACAAUUCUUUUCACAAUGGUUAUUUGGAGUAGCCUUUUUGUUUGUAAUUCCCAUAUGUUUUGUCCCUAGUGGUUAAAAAGAUUUGAAAUAAUUAGUGAUGUAGAGGUGCCCUUUUGGAGUAUAAUUUCAUCCUCACUGGAAGGGGUUGUAUGAAUACCAGCUGGUAAUACCACUAGGCUAACCUGAAUCAUGUCAAGCUUUUUAGGAAGACCCAAAAUGAAUAUUCACGAGAAAUUCCCACACAAUAUCUAAAAUAUGAAGGGAGGUGCAAAGGCUAAAAUUGGGGUGUUUAGUCUCAUUAAAAAAUGCCAGUCUGUGCAAUAACAGUACCUUUUCUUUUAUAUUUGAAAGUCAGGAUGAACUGAAAAUAAUUCAAGCCUUCUUGAACUGCUCAAAUCAUUGCAUUUUGAGUGAGCAGUAAUAAUAUUCAUCCAUUUGUUGUGCAAGUACAUAUAUGAAAAUAAUUGUCAGUUUUAUUUUGUUGUGUUUGUAUGUUUUUGUGCCAAAUAAUGGCCACUGAUAGUCAAGUAAAAAUGCUGUACUGCAGUGUAAAUAAGUGUAUAUACUUAGUAUGGAAGUGGGCAGCUCUAGCAAGUCUUAUCAAGUAUACUGAAAUGGUCCGAGGUUUCAAGUUUCAUGUGCAUAAGAUGAGAGACUUCAUGUGGAUCCUAUGUGUUUAUAUGGCGUCUUACUCUUAGCUGUCUUAUUUAUUUUUGUGGCUUUUGGCUCAACCAUCCGUCAUUUCUUUUAAACAAGUACUUAAGUGCAUUUGUAUCCUUUCAAGUUACUUAUUUGUGGAUUUUUUUAUAUAUUGAGUGGUGAAAAUGUAAAUUUGUUUGUUUUGAAUAAAAAAAUAUCACAUUUGUGCAUAGUUAUGUUUAAAGUUAAAUAGUCAAGUUAUAAUAAAAAAACUUUAGAUGUCUGGCUAUGUUUGGAAGAAAAAAAGGAUUCUCAAUUUUUUAAAUGUUUUCUUUAUUUAAUAGUCAAAAACAGACUCCUGUCUUUUAAAGCUCCACUGACACAAUGCAAGUAACAAUACAAAAUCUACAAAAUGAUACUGUGAUACAGAUUUUAACCGACAGGUAAGAAUUGUACUGUAUAAAUCGGUACAAUACUGUUUUCUUUAGCGGAUACAUUUGGCACUUGACCACAAAAUGCUAUUGUAUGAGAUAGUGACAUUUACCUGCUGCUAUAUUUGAAAAAUGUUAAAAACCUUUUUCACUUUUUACAAACCUCUUUACACCCUUUUCUUGUUUAUAAAACAAGCAGUGAUCCUAAACAUUCAGGUGUGUGCAAUAGGCAGUGCAGUAGGUGUGGAACAGUAGCUUUAAGGAGAACAGCACAUAGUUCCUGAUAGAGCUCUAAGCCCACAUUCCAUUUACAAUCUUAUAGACCUGAUGUGGCUGGAUCGAUAUAUCCCUGUGUAUAAAAGGUCUGGAUCUGCCUAUGUGUUUCUGCAAAUCCCUGGGUCUUGCGUUGUGCUUCAGUAAUAUUGGGGUUUCCAGUAGUCUUUUUGGUUGCAGAAAUUUGCUUUGCAGAAAUUGCCUUCAUACAUGCUGAAAAACCACCUUUUUGAUUUUUGUUGCCAUAGAAUCUACAUUGGUCAAUUUCACCAAUUCAAUCCAUAUUUUAGAUUACUUGAAAAAGUACAAAUGCAUCUGAAUAUAGAACAUGCAUGCAAACUCACUGGACAGUUGACAUGAAACAGUUUCCAAUAAUCACAUCCUUAACAUCCACUAAAUAAAGAUGAGGGCUCCUGAUUUUUUUUUUACAAAAUGUAUACCAUACAAUUUCAGCAAUCAACAGCAUACAGUUACUGCACAUACCGUACACCAAAGAUUUAGAGUCGAUGUGUAUGAAAUGAAUAUGUUUGUGCUCAGCUUUGAUAGGGGGAGUAUUCUCUAUUU